UCGGGGUUCGUCGACCCGUCUGUCAGUGGCGGCGACAUCUCCGAGAUGAGUGACGAGAUGGGCGUGGCCACGAGACCAGGGGAGGAGGAAAAUGCCUCAUCCUCGAAUCAGGAGGAUGGCCAGACUCCGCAGACGCCGACGCCGACGCCGACGCCGACGGCGCCGCUGCCGCAGCUGUGUCCGGGUCCCCGCACCGUCUCCCGACUGCCGCGGCCCAAGGCGGGCAGCUGCACGGCCCUGCACGAGCUGCGAGGGAGGGGCGGGUCCUUGGAGCCCGGGCCCAGGACCGCCAAGUCUUCCCUGCCGGCUACCCCGGGCAGCAGGGACUCCAGGAUCAGGACCUCCCUGUCGGCUACCCCGGGCAGCGGCGACCCUAAAGCCAAAACCUUGUCGACUACCCCUAGAUCUCCAUUCAAGACCUCCCUGUCGGCUACUCCGGGAAAGAAACACGAGAGAUCCCCGUUGAAGACCUCCCUGUCGGCUACCCCGGGCAGCAGCGAUCCCAAGACCAAGACUACAAAGUCCUCUCUGCCGGCCAGAGUCUCGGUCGCCAGGUCUCCAGCCCCGAAGACGCCCAGGACGCCGCCGACUGGCCGGGACCCCCGGGCCUCCGGGUCGAUGGACAGCCUGCUGACGUCGGGCGGUCUGCGGAGGACCUUCUCGCGCCUAGGGUGGACCCCUCCUCCUCCCCGGGCCCGCGGCCCGCCGAGGGGGGAGGCGAGUGCGGGGCUCGACUGGACCUUCUGCCGGCGCUACCGCGACGUGGCGGUGGGCGACUGGGACGCCGCGCGCGCGCACCGGCGCGUGUCCGGGUUCGCCGCGCUGCUGCGGGACUCGUGCGCCGACUGCGAGCUGGGGCGCAACCUGCUGGCGCUGGUGCACCCCACGGAGGCGCCGCACCCCGAGGUGCUGGGCCGCGUGUGCGUGGCCAUCGGCAGCUUCCUGCGGCUGCACGGCGGGCACCCCCCGUCCCCGGGCGGCCACGCCUUCUCGUGACGUGGCCUGCUCCUGUCUUACUGCAACUACAACACCCUUCCGAUGCACAUGUCUUUAGGAGGAACGACCCUCUUGGAGAAAUUCAAAGUGUCAUUGAUCUCAUAGCUGAACACAGGCUUGUUCGUCAUGUUCUACUGCACUCACACUUUCCUUGGAUUCAUCGUAACAACCUUCCCAUACGCAUGUCUUUUGGAGAAACUACCCUCUUGGAGAAUUUCAAAGUGUCAUUGAUUUUCUAGCUGAACACAAGCUUGUUCGUCAUGUCAUACUGUACCCACACUUUCUUUGUAUUCAUCACAACCUUCCGAUGCACAUGUCUUUUGGAGAAACAGCCCCUUUGCAGAAAUUUAAACCGUCAUUGAUUUCAUUGUUGCUAAAGUUUUGCUGAAACCAAUAGUUUGUCUGACAGUAAUGAGGGCUAUCAAUAUGUUUAUUCGGAGUGAAAUUUUCUAAUGUAUGUUGCAGUGAUUCAACCACUUAAUAAUAAUAAUGCGUAGAUUGUGAAAGUCCAUGUUAAUUGGUAUGUUAUCUAGUUACAUUUUAAUGUCAUCUAAAUUGUAUGCUCUUUUAUAAGGCUUGGUAAUGGUUUUUAUACUAUAAAAUGUAUUUAUAGAUUUUUAGUUAACAAUAACAUUCAAAUUUAUAAGAUUUUAUAAUUUUUACUUAUCAUACUAGAUAGUACGUUUCAUUAUAAAAAGAAGUAUCGUGAUUUUGGGAGGAAAAUAUCCUUACAUACACCUACACAUGAUCUUGUGCCUUAAAAUUAUGAAACUUUCCUCUGCAGUGCAUAAUAUAUAAAAAAUUUAAUGGAAAGCUUAACGGAGCUGUUAAUUUGUAUGUUACUAAUAUGUAUGUAGGAUUUUAAGUUGUUUAAAUAAAUCGCAUUUUUAGUUUAUAUCAUUGAAUAAAUAUUAUUUAAAGA